AAACUGGGACUUCCAGCUGCUGCACUGAACCAAGAAGAUCAGAACAUAGCUCCCAGGAUAUGGUACACAUGCAAUCUGGCAGGGGCCCCCACGUUUGUACCGAGAUUGUCCACACCGGACUCUUACGUAUUAGCCACAACCUAUCCACAG